UCAUCUUCAUGCACAGUGAUUAAUUGCUAUGCUUUCAGGCCCUUCAGAAGUCUUUCUCCUAGCAAUCCCUGGAUGGAAUGCAGCCCCACAAAACAGUGUUUUAGAUGAUGAAGGCAGCAAUCUGCGUCAACAGAAGCUUGACAGACAGCGAGCACUGCUGGAACAGAAGCAGAAAAAAAAACGUCAGGAGCCACUAAUGGUUCAGUCCAACGUAGACAGCCGUACAAGAACGCGCAAAACGAAGCAUUCAGAGGAACAAGCGCCGUUGGUUGAAUCAUAUCUUAACAGCAACAGCAGCACCAUUUUUCAUGCAGUUCAGGAGGCCGAGCGGGAAGAUGUAAAGGUGGUAGCAGAUGCACAAGCUCCAAAAUCGACUAAAAAAACCAAGGCAGCAGCUGCAAGCUGUCAAACUGGCAGUACAAGAAAGGAGAAAAAGGGGAAACACAAAGGAAUUGAUGGCCCUGCAGCCUUUCAAGACGACAUUCAGGAGGUAGGAAGUCAAAUUCAGAUUCUUACUGUGGGGCAGUCCAGCCACAGUGAAGAUGACGGAGAGACAAUGGCUAGUGGCCGACAACAAAGCAGGCAGGAUCUUAGAGUAACCAUGCAGAAAAAGGAUCCCCAUGCAAAUACAUCCUGGUCCACUUCCACCUCCCAAUCCAGUCUUGUGGCCCUGGAUCAUGUGCCAGGCAUUUCAAGCAGCAUGAAUUUUGAUGAAGAGGAUGAGGAUGACGAAGACAGCUCAAGUUCCUCCCAGUUAAACAGCAACACUCGACCUGGCUCUGCAACAAGCAAGAAAUCAAACAAGGAGGCAGCCUCAGCUCCCAGCCCUUCCACAAAUGAGCCUGUUGUAGAUGUUGAUGAUUUGGAGGAGUUUGCCGUGAGACCCGCUCCCCAGGGCAUCACUGUGAAAUGCCGAAUCACAAGAGACAAGAAAGGAAUGGACCGAGGAAUGUACCCUACCUAUUACCUCCACUUGGAAAGGGAGGAUGGUAAAAAGGUAUUUCUAUUAGCUGGAAGGAAGCGAAAGAAGAGCAAAACUUCUAAUUACCUCAUCUCUAUAGACCCUACUGAUCUGUCUCGAGGUGGAGAGAGUUUCAUUGGAAAACUAAGAUCAAAUCUUAUGGGAACUAAGUUUACGGUAUAUGACAAUGGAAUAAAUCCAAUGAAAACAACAUCAACCCUAGAAGCAAGUAACCUGCGUCAGGAGCUAGCUGCUAUUUGCUAUGAAACAAAUGUCUUGGGAUUUAAAGGACCUCGCAAAAUGAGUGUGGUCAUACCAGGAAUGAAUAUGGACCAUGAAAGAGUUUCUAUCCGACCACGUAAUGAGCAUGAAACACUUCUUGCAAGAUGGCAGAACAAAAAUAUAGAGAGCGUCAUUGAGCUGCACAACAAAACUCCAGUCUGGAAUGAUGACACCCAGUCCUAUGUGCUAAAUUUCCAUGGUCGAGUCACACAAGCCUCGGUGAAAAACUUCCAAAUUAUUCACGACAAUGACCCUGACUAUAUAGUGAUGCAGUUUGGCCGUGUGGCUGAGGAUAUAUUCACCAUGGACUACAACUACCCAAUGUGUGCACUGCAAGCCUUUGCUAUUGCCCUCUCCAGCUUUGACAGCAAAUUGGCUUGUGAGUAAAAGGAAGUGGUAGAGUCUCCACACAACUGCUCAGUAUGCCCCAAGGGAAAACAACAUUGAUAUCAUUUAUGGUUCAUGCAAAACAGGCCAGGGAAAAAUCAUUUUCUGAAGGACCAUCAUAUUGCUGGGGAGAAAAUAAUGGGAAUCUUUAAAACAUUCAGGACAUUCAGGAAAUAUUGUUUUAUCUGUUAUAUAUUUUUCUGCAAGUGGCAUCAAGUUUCUGUAAAUAAAAGUCCUAUCUGAUAUUCUAAGCUAUGUUAUGGAGAUGAGCCAUGGCUCAAGAAACACCAUUCCGAAUGGUGUGUCUUUUCUAAAUCCACAAAAGCGAUCUAAAAAAUAAAAGUCAGUUUUUCUGUUUAAGAAGUAUUCAGAGGCUGUGAUCAUACCUCAAGAUUGUGUGGAAUACUUUGAACUUCACAUUGCCCGACAGGAGAAAAGAUCACCAAAAAAGAUGCACUUUUUGAACAGACAAGGACCUCGUGUAAUAUAAAACCAAGCCUGAGGGCGGAAGGCCUAUAUUGGACUGAACUUGAUUUGUUGCUAUUAUUUAUGUGGAGGAGCAGGGUGAGUUUUAAUUAUAGUAGGAGAAAAAGGAGAAGUAGAAAGCACAAAAUAAUGUUGCACAAGUCACUUGAAUUCUAAAGUGUCAUUUUUUUAUGUUUUAGCAUCAAUUUGCUUUUAAGUUCUGUUUCAAAUGAAAACCUAUUGGAAUUCUAGAAUGGGGGGCUGAAGGGGGACUGAAUACCAGCAGUUCAGCAUGUUGGGUCUUUGUAGAUCACUCUAACAAUUCAGAUACUUAUUUUGUAUCAAAUGAUAUAAAAUAUUUGGAUGAAGAGUUCCUCACAAAGAUGCAUCAUUAUUUUAAGCCAGUUGUGUGAGUGGCUGAGAUAGGUAGUAGAGAUAAUAUAUUACAUUAAUCUGGCCUCUUGUGAUUAGAUUUUGGAUAUUGAAUUUUGUCAAAUCUACAGUUACAAACAAUUUUCAUAUUUAUUUCUCAUUGUAAAAGUCAUUGAUAUCUAUUCAAAUCUAUUUUACAUUUUAAUUAAAAGCACCAGCUACUGAGGUGAAUUCUUCUAGGCAAAUUCAGUGUACCUUACAGACAAAUUCAGGACACACAAAUAGCUUAAAAUAGGAUUUUUUCUUUUGUUUAAACUUUUCUGAUAGACCUGGGAGAUAUAAACAACAAUUAUGAAAGGUCUAGAAAAUAUGAGCCAUGAGGAAAGACUGGAAGAAUUGGAUUUGUUUAGUUUAGGAAAGAGAAGACUGAGAGGGGACAUAAUA